UUUGCCUUUAAAUAAAGCCACUAGCCAGCCCAUAGUCUGCAGUUGAAGAUGUCGCUUUUGCUGGUAACAUUCCUAGCGAGCCUUGCCGCCUUGGCCCACGGCAAGCCCGGCUACGGACCCGGGGAACAGGACUGGGGCUAUGUGGAUGUGCGUCCAGGCGCUCACAUGUUCUACUGGCUUUACUACACCACCGCCAAUGUCUCGGACUACACGGAUAGGCCUCUGGCCAUUUGGCUUCAAGGAGGUCCUGGGGCUUCGUCCACUGGAUACGGAAACUUUGAGGAGUUGGGACCCGUCGAUCUAAAUGGCGAUUGGCGCAACUGGACCUGGGUGAAGGAUAUGAAUGUCCUGUUUAUCGAUAAUCCCGUGGGCAGCGGCUAUAGCUAUGUUGAUAACACAGCUUUUUACACGGCCACCAAUAAGGAAAUUGCUCUUGAUUUAGUGGAGCUGAUGAAGGGCUUCUAUAAGCUGCAUCCAGAGUUCGAGGCGGUUCCCCUGCACAUCUUUUGUGAGAGUUAUGGCGGUAAGAUGGCACCGGAGUUUGCUUUGGAACUGUACUACGCCAAGGAGCGGGGUGAGGUGAAGAGCAACCUCACCUCGGUGGCUCUGGGAGAUCCCUGGACAUCGCCCAUCGAUUCUGUCUUGGCCUGGGGUCCUCUUCUCAAGGAGCUGGGAAUUGUGGAUCAUGAGGGCUAUAGGGCUAUUCAGGAGGCUGCCAACUUGACGGCACAGCUGGUCGAGCAGGAACGAUGGAUCCAGGCCACCUAUCAGUGGGGCAACACCCAAUGGGAGGUGAUGAAGGCCUCCAAGGGCGUGGACUUUUAUAAUGUACUGAAGGAGACUGAAGGCGGCCGUUAUCAGAGGCAAUUGGCUUUAAGUCCAGAAGAACGUCUCUACCGAACCAUGGUUAAAUUCGACAUCGACGAGGAUCGCACUCAGUUGUUGGAGGAUCUGAUGAGAGGUCCUGUGGCCGAGACCCUUGGUAUUCCCUCGAACGUGAAGUGGGGUUCUCAAAGUGGAACCACCUUUGACAUCCACAGAACCGACUUUAUGAAGCCCGUGAUUCACAUUGUAAAUGAAUUGCUGGAAAAGACCCCACUGAAGGUGGGCGUAUUCUCUGGUGGCCUGGAUCUUAUCUGCGCCACUCCUGGCACCGUCAAUUGGAUUGCCCAGCUGGACUGGAGUCGCAGGGAUGAGUACCUGGCUGCUCCGCGUAAUGCCAUUACUGUGGACCGCAUCCUGGAGGGUUAUCAGAAGACUGGAGGCAACUUUACCAUGUUCUGGAUCAAUCGAAGCGGUCACAUGGCUCCGGCUGAUAAUCCAGCUGCCAUGAGCCAUAUCCUGCGCGAAUUUACCAAUUUUGGGUAGACUUUUGCUACCAUAAAUAAAAAUCAGUAUAAAAAUCAAA